UUGAUGGCUGCUUAAUGCAUAUCUGUUUGACUUAAAGCGUGAAUUCUGGCAGACCUGCGCGUGUCUUGCAUAUGGGUUCUCCGACUGAGAUCGUGUGAAACGCUGAUAAAACGAAAGCCUCGUAGGCAUAUAAAUACUGCGAGUUUGAUUUAUCAGUUCAAAAUUAAAAAUACUUUAUCGAAUAUAUAAACGUUUCACAAACGUAUUUUUUAACAGGAUUCAUUGUUCAGUUUGUAUUUGAAAUAUUCACAUAACAAAUUACUGUGCGGGACGUCCAAGCAUUGCAACAGUUUAGUUCAAAUUUAGUUUUAUUGUACAUCAAAAGGAUAUAUAAUAUAUUUGCCCUCUAAAUCUGAUAAACAAGUUGUCAUCUUGAUUGUGAUCAUGGGUAAUACAGUGAGUCGUAGGAGAAACGGAGGACCAAAAAGGACCUGCGAAUACAAUGAUCAGGAUAUUUUAGAAGAACACGGAGAGCAGCUCAAUGACGAAUCAGCUUAUUCUUUCAAUAAGCUCUGUGCUUUGAUCGCCGAGAUGGCAGAAGGAGAUGAAAAAAAAUUCGCCACGUUGGGCAACCUAAAAAAAAUAACGUCAAGAGUGGUUACCAAAUAUCGCCUUUAUUCUGAAUCAAACCACAGCUUGAAGCCAUCAGUCGAUGAAAGUCAGGUACCGGAAAGUGAUGCCGCCAUCCGCCAGCAUUCAUUGGAGUCCACGACAAGUUCAAAGUGCAGUUACUCAACAACCUCGUCUGGAAAUGAAACAACUCAGAGCCGUCGAGCCCGGUUGAGUCGACAGAAGACCGUGGACUACUCAGACGAUGAGGACAUUGUUGGGUUUACUCGAGGAGAAAGUUUUGAAGACCACAAUGACUGCCCGAAAGGCAAACACAUCAAUUCGUUACAUCCAUAUCACGAUAAAACAUUUUCGCCGAGAUCUGAACACAUCUCUUGUUCAAAACCAAACACCUGUGAAAUAGACACAGUCAUGAAUUGUUCACACGAUGGUAAGUCAAUUAAUAAACGUUUUAUGACAAUCAGGGACAGUCCUACCGCGUCCUCCGGUGAUGCUGUAGCAUCAAUUACAGAAGAAUCUGUAUUCAGUCUACUCAAUGAUAGUCUUCUUGACGGACAUUUGGAAGAUAUUUUAUAUUCAGUGGAGGCUCUCUGGCCUAAAUGACAUUUUUUUUAAUGUUUUGCAAAUUUGAUCUGAAUACUUAUCAUUAAAGUUGUUAUGUAUUGUCGUAUUAUAAAGGUAUACUAACACUGAUAACCUUCAUUUGCGGGAAAAUUUAAAUGUGUUGUUGUGGUUGUUGUUGUUAUUCAAUAUUAAGAAUGUGUAAGUAAAAUGCAGGCAGUGCUUUUGGGUAUCUUUUGCAUAAUACAUUCAGUUUCCCUUUAAUAAACAUUACACACCGUUUUAUAUAUGAUGAACAUCUGU